UUUUUUCUUGCAGAUUUUGUACAAAAUAGGAUUAAAAAAUGACUUCACCGGAAGAGCGAAUAUCAACAAAUGAUCUUUCCCGCGAUUCUGGUACAAAUGAACGGUUACACAUAACACCGGGUACUUUGGAUUUUAGUCGUGUACAGGCAGCAACUGUUGCAUCCGAUAUCGAUCAGCAAAUUUUAGAGUUGAAACAAAAACAAGAAUUACAAAAACAAAUGUUACUUCACACAUUUCAAGAAAAAUCCAAGCAAUUGGAACUGCAGCAUAAAUUACAGUUGGAACAUAAAUUUCAUUUUGUGCAUUCACAUGGCACGUUCCAGGAAUUGCAAGAACAAAGAAUUAUUACAGCCGCCGUGGAGGAACAACAGCAACGUGAACGACGGGAGCGGGAGCAGCGUGAGCGGGAGGCUGCCGCCAUGGUUAAACGCAAAGAGAAUAGUGCAAAUGCCAGUCCCGAGGUUAAGCAAAUUUUAAAUUGUUUCAUAUUGAAUCGCAAACAGGCAGCAUCCUCACCAAAUGGCAUGCAGACCACCUCACCCUAUCGCAACAGAAGUGUUGUCAAAAGUUCAUCGGGUGAAUCGCUGCCAGCCGGUGCCGUUACCAGUUCACAUCCCUAUAAAAUUCCACAGCCUCCACCAUCAUCGUUACUCAAAUAUGAAACAGAUUUCCCACUGAGGAAAACGGCAUCCGAACCAAAUCUGUUAAAAAUGCGUCUAAAACAGAGCGUGAUUGAACGUAAGGCCCGUGUAAGUGGACCAGCCGGAUUGCGCCGGCAUGAACGUCUAUUGCAGGCCGCUCAGCGGAGACAGCAAAAACAACAACAAAAUUCAACCAUAACAAAUUGCAACAGCACACCCGAUUCCGGUCCAAAUUCCCCACCAUCAUCGUGCAUGUCCUCAGCAUCGGCGGGCAGUAUUGUUGGCGGCCAUAAUCGUGGUUCACCGACCAGUGCACCCAUACAGGAAGAGAACGAAGACGGCGGCAGUCAUCAUUAUCAUUCGGGUCAACGAAGCAGCAUCAACGAUUUGUCCCUCUUCAGUUCACCAUCGAUGCCGAACAUCUCAUUGGGACGACCACAUUUACCGAAUGCCCAUCACAAUUCGGCUGCUGCAAAUUAUGCAAUGUUGGCUGCGCUGCGGCAUCAACAUGCUGCCAGCGGAGGAGGCAUACCACCGCCGGUCGGUGGAGCCGGGGGUGGUGGUGGUACUACCUCAGCUGCACCCACUUAUUACAAUCCAUUGGGAGUGGCAGCAUUUGCUCGACAACCAAGCGCCAUGAUACCACCAACAGCAACACAAGCAGCUGCCGCAGCAGCAUCAGCGGCGGGAACAAAUUCGGCACCAGCUGCAGCGCCACCACAAUCGCCAGUGGUACGUUCAGCAUCGGCCACGUCCACCUCAUCAUCACAGGCCUCGUUAAUUGGCGAUGUGGCUCCGCCCUUGGCCCAUGCCGCCUCGACUGGCUGUGCAACUGCCCUAAUGCAUGUGGCUUCCACCGGUGGUAUACACGCCGUGGUUGCGGCCCAUCACUCGCCACCAUCCUCCUCCUCGUCGGGCACUCUCUAUGGUCAACCCAUAACAGAUGCCCAAGUUGCCCAGGCCCAUCUCAAUAAACAGGGCCACCGUCCUUUGGGUCGUACCCAGUCAGCACCGCUGCCCCUGGGCCAUCCCAUGCUAACGGGCAGCAGUCAAAUAAACAUUGCCCAGACUCACUAUGAAAACAGUGAUGCCGAACGACAAGCCUACGAACAACACUUGCUACUCACCCAAAAAAUCCGGCAAACCGUUCUGACACGCAGCGGUGCCGUACGUGAUACUCAACAACUACUCAAAGAGGAAGAAGACGCCGCCGAAGUAAUGGAUCUCACCGACAAAAAGAAACCUCCAAAAACGGUGCUCACCAGCACCGUGGUAACAAGUACCUCACAAAAUCUCCCCAAUGCAACUGUGGCGCCGGCCUAUGCUGGGCCACCGCCCGCCUGUGUCCCCAACAAACCGAUGAAGCUGAUGCGUGACAAGGAGUACCUGGAACAGCAGCGUCAGCUGUUGUAUAUGCAAAAUAUGAACAUGGAUGAUGCCAUCGCCCGCGCCCUAAUACGACCGCUGUCGCGCACACUGUCCUCGCCUCUGGUACACUUGGGUCCACAUGGCCUCAGUCAAAUACCCGACACCGGCCAGGCAACACAUGUGCCACAUGCCGGACCCAUUGUAACAUCAUCCUCUGCCGAUCACAUACCACCCGUAAAUUUGUCUCUAAAUCCCUUGCAUGGACGUAAUUUAAUCGAUCUAUCGCAUAGAUAUGGCAGUGCCACCGUCACCUCCGCCGCACCCCAUGAUGUCAAUUCUUCGAACAAUUUGCCACAGGUUGGUGGUGGUCCACACAAAAUCACCACCGGCCUGGCAUACGACAACCUGAUGCUCAAACAUGCCUGCAUUUGUGGCAACAACAGCAUACACCCGGAGCACAGUGGCCGUUUGCAGAGUGUUUGGGCGCGCCUGAAUGAAACCGAUUUGGCUAAACGAUGUCAUCGUUUAAGAUCUCCCAAGGCCACAUUGGAGGAAAUUCAAACGGUACACACGGAGGCUCAUUCACUACUCUUCGGUUCGAAUCAAUGUCAGUUGGCGGCGAAUCGGCAGAAAUUAGAGACGGCAGCACCAUCGGCCAGCUUUGUCCGGCUAUCAUGUGGUGGUGUCGGUGUUGAUCUAGACACCACCUGGAAUGAACAUCAUACAGCGGUGGCAGCACGCAUGGCAGCGGGUUGUGUUAUCGACCUGGCCAUGAAAACCGCAAAGGGUGAUUUAAAGAAUGGCUUUGCUGUGGUCCGACCGCCCGGUCAUCAUGCUGAGGCGAAUUUGGCAAUGGGUUUUUGUUUCUUUAAUUCAAUAGCGAUAGCAGCUAAAAUUGUACGGCAGCGUGUUCCAGAGAUUAAGAAAAUUUUGGUCGUCGAUUGGGAUGUCCAUCAUGGCAACGGCACACAACAGGCCCUUUAUUCAAAUCCAGAUAUUUUAUAUUUGUCAAUACAUCGCCAUGAUGAUGGUAACUUUUUCCCCGGCACCGGUGGUCCCACAGAGUGCGGUACUGGUCCCGGUUUAGGUUAUAACGUCAACAUUUCCUGGUCCGGCGCAUUAAAUCCGCCUCUCGGCGAUGCCGAAUAUAUUGCUGCAUUCCGUACAAUUGUGAUGCCCAUAGCACGAUAUUUUAAUCCUGAUUUGGUUUUGGUCUCAGCUGGUUUUGAUGCCGCCGCCGGUCACCCCGCCCCCUUGGGUGGUUAUUUAGUAUCGCCCGCCUGUUUUGGUUAUAUGACACGCGAACUGAUGCAAUUAGCCAAGGGUAAAGUUGUUCUGGCCUUGGAGGGUGGUUACGAUUUGCCAGCGAUAUGUGAUUCGGCACAAGAAUGUGUACGGGCGCUAUUGGGCGAUCCACUGUCACCGAUAGCGGAGAGUGAAUUGAAACGUCAGCCAUGUCAAAAUGCCAUUGAUACACUGCAGAAGACCAUUGCGAUACAGUUACAACAUUGGCCCUGUGUUAGACGUUAUGCCCACACAGUGGGCAUGUCUGCCUUGGAAGCUUUAAAAAUUGAACAUGAUGCCUCGGAUACGGUAACGGCCAUGGCUGGCCUGUCCAUGCAAACCUUGAACAAAACUCUUUCUUGUGAUGAUUCCGAAGAACCAAUGGAUCAAGACGAAUCAAAAUAGACAUAUUUUUUUUUAUACA